ACCAGGCAUUGACCAUUGACCCUGUCACUCCCCAUGAAUCCGCACCCAUCUGUGCCCUCAUGUCACCCUACUUACUUUUGGGCAGAAGAGAUCAUGACGUCUGCCAAAGAGCAGGAGGCCAUCAGGAAGCUCAUGAUUUUCCUUCAAGAAUGGGACAAAGCUCACAAAGUUGCUCGAAGCCACAUCCUAGACAACUUCAUUAGAAGCAAUAAUGGCAAGACAGAACCAGAGCUGGAGCUGGAGUUCUCCCAGGGAGCCAGCUUGUUUCUGGCUCGCCUGGCAGCAUGGCUGAGGAUGACGUAUCUCUACAUGUACAGCACGUGCAUCAACAAGCUGCUCAAGUCCAUUGGCGUCUUCUUAUCUGCUGCAAGCGGACGCAGAUACAUUAUUGAAUUUCUGGAGACCGGAGGUGUCUUGAUGCUCCUGGAAAUACUAGGGUUGAACCACCUGAAAGAAGAGGACAAAAGGGAGUCUGUAAAGCUGCUUCAGCUCAUUGCAGACGCUGGCAGGAAGUACAAGGAGCUCAUUUGUGAAAGCUACGGUGUGCGAUCCCUUGCUGAGCUGCUGGCCACCUGCAGCUCAGCAGAGGCUCAGGAGGAGGUGCAGAUCUUGCUGGCCUCUCUGGGCCGCGGCAACCCCAAGUACCAGAACCAAGUGUACAGCGGGCUGCUGGCAGUGUUGCCAUGCGGCUCUCCCCGUGCCCAGCAGCUGGCUCUGCAGACACUGCACAGCAUGCAGGAGCUGCUGGGAGAGACGCCCUCGGCUGUAGUGGCGCCGCUGCUGGCAGUGCUGGGCUCGGCGCACCCCGAGGUGCAGUACGAAGGCACCCAGCUGCUACUCGCCCUCGCCCGCCGCGCCCCGCCCGCCCUGCUGCCCGGCCUGGUGGCGCUGCUGACCCCGCCCCGGAGCAAAGCGCGCGCCGAAGACCCAACGCUGCGCCCGAGGGAGCCGAUGCCGGCCCACGUUCAGCAGGCAGCUGCUGCUAAAGCCGUCGGUGUAUUAGCCAAGGAGUCAGCAGAAGUGGCUGAAGAGCUGAUCCAGCUGAAAGUUGUGCAUGGCCUGAUGGUUGCAGUGGGGAACCUGGAUUAUCCACUCAGCCAGAGAAAUGCCAGCAUCUCCCUGGAGUACUUUGUCCGCACAUACCCCUCUGUGGAGGAGCAUGUAAGGAAGGCAGUAGGACACAUGCUGUUCCAGCUCUUUAAGGACUGUCCUGAGACCUGGUACACAAAAAUAGAUCCAGUCCAGGCUGAAGAAUUGGCCUCCAAUCUAGUGGACAGCCCCAGAGACAUGACAAAGAUGCAAUCUGCAGAAGGUAGGCAUAGAACUGGCUCCACCAAAAGAAAAAAAAGCAACUUCAAUCCUGAGCCUGAACCAAACCUCUGAAGAUUCAUUGUGCUCCUGAACGUUCAUGACUUUUCUCUUGAGUUUUCCUGCUAAGGAGGGGACCAAGAGGCCUUUUAUGACAUAAAUGAAAGCUACAAGGUCUGAAGUACACAAGUUUUAUCUUGUUAACAUAGGACAAAAAUCACAGACUCUGCAGCCACUGUACAGAACCAUGCAACACAGCAUCAGCAAGGGAAAAUUCAAAUACCACUGAUCCUCGUGAAAGAGGGAAGGCUUUAGCUGUUUCUUUAGCUGUUGUGCUGACAUUCAAAAUACAAACUGCUUUCUCUGCAA